UUACAGCAGCAUUAAGGAAGUAGCAUGCAUUGCUGAAUAGCAGAUGGUCUCUUUUUUAAAUUAUAUUUCAGUCAAGUUUCAGAAAACAAAUGUAACAACAGCUAUGGUGUAUUUCUUCUCCUUAAGAGACGCUUUUUUUCUAUUGUUCUUUACAGUAGAGAUCAGCAUCUCAGGUACCGCAGAAGUACAAACACUUUAUGCACCACUGAAUGAAUCUGUCACAAUAGAAUGGAAAAUAAAAGAACAAGAAACCCAACAUGAAAAGGAGUGGACUUGGACUAAGACUGUGGGAGGGACUUCAAUUACAUUAGCAAAGAUUGAUGACCAAGGAAAGGACAAAUACCCUUUUGCACAGCAAUUCAAAGGCAGACUAAAGAUGCAUCCAAAUGGGUCCUUGACAAUAAGUGGGCUAUUAUACAUUGAUUCUGGGAGAUAUCAGCAAGCCAUGAUAUUAAUUGAGAAGGAACAGCAAUCACACUUCUUGGAUCUCAUCAUCAUUAAAAAAAUAACUAAAAUAAAGAUAAGCCCCAUCAGUAACUCCACUUCAAAUAACAUAUGUAACCUUACACUGAGGUGCAUUGCAGAAGAUGGCUCUAAUGUCACCUAUUUAUGGAGAGUUCCUAAAAACAAUCCCUCAUUUUACAGUGGAGCCAACCUGCAUGUUAACGUGCCCGUGACCGAUGAAGGGACGUUGAUUUCUUGCAAAGCUAGCAAUCCCAUCAAUAGCAAAAUGAAUCAGUUUAAUACAACAGAGAUUUGUGGAUUACCAAAUAAUGGUAAUUCUGACAUAUGGGACAUGAUUCGACUUAUUGUUGGGGGCUGUAUUUGCCUUUUUGCUUUCACAGGAAUUAUCAUUUGUGAGACCUGCAUAUAAAAAAAAAUAAGCAAUAAAACCACAAUCUUCAAAGGAUAAAGGAACCACUAACCGAAAAACUAACCAGCUUUUGCCAUCCUUGGAGGAUACAGAAAUGACUAGAAGCCCCUUAACAGAAAUGGACAUAAUUUAGAAAAUAUUUGCAAUGCUUUCAAGUGAAGAGAACUUCAGCAUUGUCGUUGCAUGUUAUUCCUCAUGAAACCUGAAAUUUGUAAAAGACUUGUCACAAACUAAAAACAUUAGGCAGCUUUUACCACCCUCGGAGCAUGCAGAGAUAACUGGCAAGACUUCGUCAGAGACGGACUUACACUGGAAAACAUUUGCAAUGUUGCCAGUGAUGAGAAUUGUAAUAUUUUCCUUUCAUGUUACUCAGUGUUAAGCUUCAGCAUGUUCUUCAUAACAGUACUUUAUUUUGACACUUUAGGAAAAAUAUUACAGUUCUAAAUAUACAUUGCUGUGCUGUGUUCAUAAUUAUGAAUCUUCUUCUGGCUUUUUCCCGGUUAGGGGUCGCCACAGCAGAUCACCUUGUCCGCACAUUGAAUGGCAGUGGAG